UAUCUGAAGCAAAUUUCUUUUCAUAUAAAGCAUGCACUUCCUUCUUCUACCAAAUGCUGUCUCUUCAAUUCUCUGAUCUCUAUUUCCUAGCUUCCUCUUUUUUCUACUUUAAGAAAUCUGCAGUCUGAUUAAAGAUAUUGGAUAGUGGCUCUGAAAUUCAUUUCCCUGCCCAUUCACUUACAGAUCAGAUCAGAAGCAAAUUAUGAUCUUUGGCAAGUUACUUCUUUCAAUCAACUCAAAAACAUUAUCUCGAGAUUAAAGUUUGUGAGCACUUACAAAGACACAAUACAACAUAUUUGAGAUUAGAAAGAUGCCAAGCAUCUCUACUCCAUAUAAUGAUAAAGUUGUGGGCUUCAAGAAGGAAGCAGAAACAAUUAUAAAUCAGCUUAUUUAUGGGUCAAAGGAGAGAGAAGUUGUUUUAAUUACUGGCAUGGGUGGAUUGGGAAAGACAACUUUGACUAGGGGAGUGUAUGAGGAGAAAAUUGUAGCCAAUCACUUUCACAGCAGUGCAUGGUGUACAGUUUCUCAAGAAUAUAAUUAUAAGGACUUGUUGAACAAAAUAUACAGUCAAGUAUGUGGUAGGGAGAUAGAGAUUGGGAAUGUAGCUGAACGGCUUCGCAAAAGUUUGAUGGGAAGGAGAUAUCUCAUAGUGUUGGAUGAUAUUUGGAGUGUUGAAGCAUGGGAAGAGUUAAAUAGAGUUUUUCCCUCAUGUGACAAUGGGAGUAGAAUUGUUUUAAUAAGCAGACAAGAAAGGGUGGUUUCUGAUGCCAAACAUAUUUGUCUUCCUUUCUUCACUGUUGAUGAGAGUUGGGAAUUAUUGCAAAUGAAGUUAUUUAAAGGGAGUAGAUGCCCUGAAGAGCUUGAAAAUGUUGGAAGAAAAAUAUCAAAGCAUUGUGGGGGACUACCUUUAGUAGUUGGUUUAAUAGCUGAUCUUCUUGAUAGAAUUGAAAAGAGUGAGCAAAUGUGGCGUAAAUUUCUUCUUGCUUUAGAGACAUGUGUUGAUGAACUUAUAGGUGGAAUACAGAGCAAUGAUGCGAUAAAACUUAGUUACCACCGUUUAUCAUAUAAUUUGAAAAAUUGCUUACUCUACUUUGCAGCAUUCCCAAAGGAUAAAAGAAUUGAUGUUUCCUAUCUAAUAAAACUAUGGAUAUCUGAAGGGUUCAUAGACAUUAAGAAGGAUGAGAGAGUAGAAGACACGGCAAAGUAUUGCUUGAAUCAUCUGGUUGGCAGUAACUUAGUAAUGGUUUCUGAAAGGAAGUAUGAUGGUGGCAUCUUAUCAUGCGUUGUUCAUGAUUUGGUACGUGCUUUUUGCUUAGCAAAAGUUAAAGAAGAAAAAUUCUUGCGCAUAAUUAAGAUGGAAGAUAUGUUGAAUUCAACUCUGAAAAUUACUACACACCGAAUAUCUUUCCAUAGAUAUGGUGACAAUGAGAUUCCUAAUGAAUUGAUACCAUGGAAUUGUAAUAUCCACACACUCUUGGGUUACCCAAAGGUGCACAAAAACAAUGGUGCAAAGGUUUAUAAUGCCUCAUGGGUUGCAAAAAAAUUUGAACAUCUCACAAUCUUGGAUUUAGAGUUCAUUGGUGUGGAUAAAUUAGUUUUACCUGAAAUUAACUCACUAAUUCAUCUGAGAUACUUAGCUCUCUAUCUAUGUGGAUGUGGUUCUGUGUCACCAUUGUCAUUGCAGAAUCUUAAGGGUCUCAUAACCUUGAAGUUGACUUCAUACAAGGAUUUGCAUUUACCAAAAUAUUUUUGGAAUAUGAAAAGUUUGAGACAUAUGAUUAUCCACCACUAUGAUUGUGAUUCAUGCCCAACAGUACCAACUCCAGUUAUUGAAACAAUUUCUGGUUUAGAAGUCUUACAGACCUUAGAUUUGAAAACUUCUUUGAGCACAAGGGAUGAGAAUUUAUUGAGGAAGCUUCCCCAUCUCAAAUAUUUGAGCUGUCUGGUCUUACCAUCAUAUUCGUUUGCUGAAAUUGACAUUCUCCAUCAUCUUGAAUCUCUUUCGUUGUACAAUAGUUGCAAUCAUGAUCCACAUGACCAUGGGAAUCCACAUCUUCUUAACGAUCUUAAGCUCAGCAAGUUUCCAUCAAGUAUUAAGGAAAUAAAUUUGGAGGGUAUUACUGUUUCAUCGUCAGCAAUUUCAAUAAUGGCACAACUCUCCAAUCUUGAGGCUCUAACACUUACGUGUUGCAAUUUUGAGGGUUUAGAAUGGAAUGUGGAUGAGGAAACCCAAUUCCAAAAACUAAAAUGCCUCCAACUAGACCAUCUUGAUAUUAGAAUUUGGAAUAUUUGCAGUGAAGAGUCUUUUCCUUGCCUUGAGCAAGUAAUUUUGGAUUUUUGUGUGGAGUUACGGGAGGUGCCUCAUAGAUUGGCAGAUAUUUUAACAUUGAAACUACUCAGUGUGCGUAGCUGCCAUAAUAGCACUAGAAGUUCAGCGAUGAAAAUUGAGGAAGGUGUACGAGACAUAGGAAAUGAGCAACUUAAUGUCCAGAUUAUACCAAGUAAUCCAGUGACAGGGUGUAGAGAAAAAAGAGAUUAUCACUUUACAGAACAGAUUGAUGAAGAGUGGAUGGGCAGAGGGCAACAGAAAUGGCUAAGGGGAAUGCAACAGAAAUGGCCAAGGGGAGGGCAACACAAAUGGCGCAGAGUGUCAAAGAAAUAAACAACUCCACACUCCACUAUUAAAAUAUUGGGGUUCCUUAGUUGUUCUAAUUUUUUUUCUUCUUUUGUUUUUUUAUUCCAGUUAUGUGUGGAAUUAUUGAAUGACGGAAAUAUUUCAAUAUCAAGCAUCUCUAAAUAGCUAAUUUAAAUAUCUC